AUGCCAAUUGAAUGUAAACAUCCUAUUAUCUUACCCAAGAACCAUCACAUUUCGACUUUGAUUCUCAGACAAAUCCAUGAAGACUUGAAACAUAGCGGUAGAAACCAUAUGAUGGCAGUUUUGAGGGAGAAAUAUUGGCUAGUUCAUGCAGCUUCAGCAAUACGUAAACUUGUCUCAAAGUGCACAAUAUGUCGUCGUCAAGGAUCAAGUGUUGGAGAACAAAAGAUGGCCAGUUUACCAGAAGAUAGACUGAUCCCAGAUGAACCACCAUUCACCAGAGUAGGUGUAGAUUAUUUUGGACCAUUUAUCGUGAAGCAAAAGAGAAGUCAUGUGAAACGAUAUGGAGUUCUAUUUACAUGUUUGACCAGUCGUGCAGUUCAUUUAGAAGUAGCAGCAUCUCUGGACACCGACUCAUACAUCAACGCACUACGUCACUUUAUUGCUCGCCGAGGUCAAGUUGUCAGGAUGCGAUCAGACAAUGGUACCAACUUUGUAGGAGCUGAGCGGAAGUUAAGGAGUGCCAUCAACGAACUGAAUGUGUCUCAGAUUGAAGAUUCUAUGCUACAGAAGAAUAUUGACUGGAAAUUUAAUCCACCUGCGGGAUCUCACCAUCGGGGAGUUUGGGAAAGAAUAAUCAGAUCCGUCAGAAAAACCUUGAAUAGUGUACUGAAAGAACAGGUUUUGGAUGACGAAGGACUCAAUACCUUGAUGUGCGAAAUCGAGUCUAUUUUGAAUGGAAGACCCAUUACCAAAUGUUCAGAUCAACAUGAUGACCUGGAGGCCUUAAUACCGAACUACUUACUGAUAAUGAAAGCAAAACCCAACUUUCCUCCUGGUGUUUUUGUGAAAGAACACAACUAUUGUAGACGACGCUGGAAGCAGAUUCAGUACAUGGCAAACCUUUUCUGGAAACGCUGGACGCGUGAAUAUCUACCCUUACUUCAAGAGAGACAGAAAUGGUGUGAAGAAAAAAGAAACUUCACAGUGGGUGAUAUCAUUCUGGUUGUCGAUUCUAAUGCUCCGAGGAAUUCAUGGCCUAUAGGAAUCAUUCAAGAAACUUUACCAGGGGCUCGUAACAUAAAACUUGCUAAGUUUUUGACUUAA